AUGAGUAGUGCAUUAGAUGAUUUUACUAAAACCUCACUUGAAAUAACGGCUUCUGAUAUUAUUUAUGAUGAAGAGAUAGACUUUGUUGGAAGAGGCCAAUUUGGGUCAGUCUAUCGUGCUCAAAUUAAAGGGCUUAAUGUUGCGGUAAAAGUUUCUCAUGAAACCAAAUUUAGUGCUGACCAACUUAAAUCGUUUGUCACAGAAAUGGAUUUAAUGAAAAAAUGUCAUCAUCCAAAUGUUGUAUUGUUUAUUGGUAUAUCCAUUGACUCUGGAAGAGUUAUGCUAAUUACUGAACUUCUUGCUGGAGAUCUUGCUCAAUUAAUUCAUCACCGAGAUGAAUCACUUCAUCCAGAAAUUUAUAAUUGUGUUUUAACUACUGAACUUAAACUUAAUAUAAUUGAGCAAUGUUGUAAAGGAGUUCAAUGGCUUCACAAUGGUAUGAAUUUAAUUCACAGAGAUAUUAAACCUGCUAAUUUCUUGAUCGACACUUCAUUUCAUGUUAAAGUAUGUGAUUUUGGAUUUGCUGAGAUAGAUACUAAUCAGAGUGGACAAGCUAAGGGUUCUCCUCUGUAUUGUGCUCCAGAGGUUUGGGAGAAAAAAUGUGAAAAGGCAGUUGAUGUCUAUGCACUUGCUAUUACUAUGUGGGAGUUGUUUUAUGAAAGAUUACCUUUUGAAGAAUUUUUAAAGGAUCCAGAUAAAUUCAGAACUUUUAUUGCUAAUAAAGGAAGACCAAUUUUACCAAAUACUUUUGAAAAAGGAGUGAUCAAAAAGGGAGAAGAAAAAGCCAUGGUAACUACGUUAAUGAAAAUACACCAAAAAUAUGGAGACCUUGCAAAAGUCAUCCCUGAUUAUAUUGAAAAAGUUAUGGAAUGUGCAUGGGAACAUGACCCUACAAAAAGAAUUGAUAUUAAUAAAAUGGUUGACAUGAUUGACGAAGCUAAACUGUCUUACACUCUUGGAAAAAAAUCUGCUUCUGCUUGGUGGAAAAAAUAUUUUUCAUAUAAAGGAAAUGACAUUGAAACAACUGUUCCUGUUUCUGAUUUUAUUGCUGCACUGAAGGAGACUCAUGGAAUUAAAGAUUUCGACCAAUACAUAGCUGAACAAGUAUUGAGUGAUAAUAACGAAGUUUCGACUACCUUUUUUGGUCAUUUGAUUCACUUAUUUGGUGUUUUUUAUAAGUCUAAAGAUGUGUUUAAAUCAAUGAUCGAAACAAUACAAUCAGAUUGGUUUUUUAAUACAUUUACAAAAGAUCAAUCUCAAGCUCAAUUAGAAGGUAGAGUUGAUGGAACAUUUUUGAUUAGAAUCUCAACAACUGACCCAAAAUAUCCUUUUACACUUACUAAACGAACAAAUGGAAAAACCACACAUUCUAGAAUUGAAUGUGUUUCACCUUCCAAGGAUAAAAUUAAGUUUAUACUAUCAUCUAAAACAAAAGUAUAUGAAGCCAGUUCAUUAAAAGAGUUAGUAGAUGUAAUGAGAAAAAAUAACUUUGUGAAAGAGGCAUGUCCAAGAGAGGAAAAGUUAAGUGAAUAUUAA